CUAUUACGUGGACAUCGUUGUACUUUUACAAAACAUAACAGUGUCUAGAUUAUUUGUUCGCAUCAUUGUUAUGGUAAAUAUUCGACUUUUCGCGUUAACCUUCUUAUCUGGCAUUGGUGGGUUCCUCUUUGGAUAUGAUACAGGUGUCAUCUCCGGAGCAAUGCUUCUCAUUGAGGAGGAUCCUCGCAUUCAUCCGACCACGUUAUGGAAGGAACUAAUCGUCUCGGCCACGGUUGGAGCAGCACUUUUGUGUUCGCUAAUAGGAGGCCCAUUAUGCGAGCGAUGGGGGCGCAAGCCCGUGAUUUUAUUGUCUAGUGGAAUCUUCACCGUGGGAGCAUUGGUUAUGGGCAUAGCCAAUUCCCGAGAGGUCCUCUUGGUGGGUCGAAUCAUCGUGGGUGCAGGUAUUGGAUUAGCAUCCAUGUCUGUCCCAAUCUACAUUUCAGAAUCGGCUCCAUCGAAUCUACGAGGAUUUCUCGUCUCUUGCAAUGUACUUUGUAUCACCGGUGGUCAAUUCAUUGCUUCUUGUGUCUGCGGAGCCUUUUCAACCAUGGAGUAUGACGGAUGGAAGUACAUGUUGGGACUCUCGGGAGUUCCAGCUGUGAUCCAGUUGAUUGGAUUUGCCUUCAUGCCCGAGUCUCCGCGUUGGCUCUUGGCCCAAGGGCAGACCGAAAAAGGUCGUUUGGUUUUGGAGACCAUCCGAAAUGAUCUUCGUGAUCCUGACUUCAUGGAGGCCGAAUUCGAAGAAAUUAUUCGUGCAGUGGAGGAGGAGAAGCGAUUCGCGGCAUUGAACACGUUAAGGGUUAUUAAACAGAUUUUCAUCACCCCAACUGCUCGCAGGGCCCUGAUCCUGGGUUGCUUGCUUCAAAUGUUUCAGCAAAUUGCUGGCAUCAACACGGUCAUGUACUAUUCUGCCAAGAUAUUGUCCAUGGCCGGAUUUUCGAACAAUUCCCAAGCCAUUUGGAUUAGCGCUGGAGUGGCCUCCAUCAACUUCCUUUGCACUUUCAUCGGUCUUUUCUUGGUUGAGCGAAUGGGUCGACGAAAACUGGUUCUUGUGUCACUUUUAGGAGUUGUCGUAUCCUUGGCGUUCCUGGGCGUCGGGUUCCAACUCUCCAACAUCUACAGCCCUGAGAUCACAUUUCUAAAUCCAAACAUAGCCGAAGAUGCUUGUAGUGAUUUCCAAACCUGUGGUUCCUGUACCAAUCAAAAGCUAUGCGGAUUUUGUUAUUUAGAUGACCCAAGUCAAGGAAGUGUUAUCAACGGAUCGUGUUUGACCAUUGAGCCUGAGGCCCCCGAUUUCUCUGCCCACGGCCGAUGUUCGUCAGCCAAUCAACCUUCAUUGGAUUACAUCCUGUUUGCUCCCGACUAUUGCCCAUCCAAUGUGGCUUGGCUGACAGUUCUCGGUUUGUGUUCCUAUCUGUUCUUCUUUGCUCCAGGCAUGGGCCCAAUGCCUUGGACAAUUAAUUCGGAGAUAUAUCCUUUGUGGGCGAGGAGCACGGCCAACUCCAUUGCGACAGCGUUCAAUUGGCUGUUGAAUCUGAUCAUUUCCAUGACUUUUUUGAGUCUCACCGAAGCUAUUACCAAAGAGGGAGCUUUUUACUUAUAUACCGGUGUUGCCUCCUUGGGUUUGGUUAUGUUUUUCUUGAUCCUACCAGAAACUAAAAACAAGCCCUUAGAGGAAGUGGAAAUGUUAUUCGCCAAACCGUGGUCUUGGCGACCUCGGGGAUGAUUCGAUUAUUCCACACAUUGGGCUCCAGCGCAAGUCUAUGAAAUGUUGAAUAUACCGUACGGUGUGUUGAUGGAACGUCUUGUUACGCAUGCCUUUGAUGCCAUCCAUGGAGUCUCGGUUUUUUAAAGAAACGAUUACUUGACCCGAUCAAUUGAAGAGAAAAUAGCACUUUGAAAUCCGUUAAGCUUCUGGCAUACUUUUUAGAGUUAAAUGUGGUCCACAAGUCAAUGCGAUCUCCUACCUAAAAAUGGUCUGUUGAAUAUUACAAUUUGGUUUAGAAAGCGCACGACUAUCAUUCAUGUCUGAAAUGGAGGAAGUUCGUCACUCGUCCUCUAUUCGUCAACAGAGAUCAUAUACACUUAUUCUCUGAACAAAUAGAAGAAUCACAUUACGGGGUAUGAGAUUUUUGUAACAAUUAGAGUGGAGAAAUGUUGGAGUUUCAUGGAGUGAGAGAGGUAACCACACCCACAGACGAAAAACCAAAAACUGAUAUCGGAC